AUGUCAACAACUCCUUCAAAAGCAACAGAGGAUCUUUCAAUUUUCAACCCAUCAUGUUCCUAUGUCCCAGACGAUCAAAUAUGUCCAGAUCUACUGGAUGGAAUCUUCGCUCAUGUUGCCCGAAUCGCUCCAAUCAAAAAAGCUUUAGAACUCAAAAAAAUAAAUGCACAAGCUGAACGUUCAAUCACACGAGCUCUAGCUCGAAACAACCAUCUGAGAAUCGACAUUCAUGAACCUGCUCAAUACAGAAUGAUUGGAUUGAAUCGCGAAAAAAUCAAACACCCGGAUCCAAUUAUUUAUAUUCAAGGUUCGCAUGUGCCAGCAGCGGAAGCUGAGGCAAUUUUAUUGCUUAUUCUGAAAGAUGUGACAAUUCUCAAGCGUUUGUCCAUAACAGUGGAGGAUCCUGAUUUGACGAAUUUGGACCUCCUAUUGGAUCACGUUAUUAAAUGCGAACGUGUCAAGCUGGAAGUUUUGCAAGUUCACCGUCGCAAAGGUGGUCAGUCCAUUCCCAAAAUUGCUCAGCUCAUCAAAGCUAAUGCGAAAACUCUGAAAGUGAUUGGAAGAAUCGGUUUGCAGGAAGCGGCUGAGGGAUGCGUGGAAGAGAUGAAGUUGGACAGAUUAUCGCUGAUGACUUUCGAUUUGGGAUUGGAUGCAUCAUCUAAUCGUAUUUUCGAUAAUUUGGCAACCAUAAUUCGUUCAAAAGUUACUUUCAAACAUCUUUCCUAUACUUCAUUCAUAGGAUUCGAUCCAACUGAUGAACUCAUACAGAACUUCCUGGAUGCUUGUGGCGUUCAAAGUCUUCGUUUGACGAUGAUGAAAGGACCAUACAUCUCUCCUCAACCAGAAUAUAUGGUGGGAAAAGUUCGUCGUGUGCAACAUAUAGAAAUGGGUGAGGUUGUUGACAAGCCAAACAUCUUCAACUCGCUCAUAACUUAUGAAAAAAUUUUCCUCAAAGUUUUUCCGAAUGUUGAUGAUAUUCAUUACUUCCAACAAUGGUAA